GAUGUUGUCUCCACCUCCCUCGCAUGUGCAGCCCACCCCUGAUGAUGUGUAAGCUAAACCCCCACCUCAUGUUGUCCCCACGGUAAUACCGAGAUGGAGAUAUAGAGAGACGCGUCCUGCGGGUGGACACAUUAUAGGCUACAGAAGAAAAGCCGUUGACAUUGAGUCGUGGGUUGAAGAAUUUAUUGAUGAAAUUAAAUCAUUCUUAAGGUCUAAAUAUCCCCGUUAUCUUUUGUUUCUUUUCAUACUGAUUUUUUUUAACCGCCACCCUGAAGUUCAUCGUUGUAAUUUUGGCCGCCGGGAUGGUGGCGUUUAUCGGAGCGGUCAUCUGCAUCAUCGCCGCGGUCCACAGCGUAUCUCCAUCCGCGGCCGCAGCGCAGCCCCUGGCCGACAACCAGUCGCUGUCACCGGGCGCAACCGGGAAGGCUUUUUCCUCCGGAUCCGUCGCCCGAUCAGGACCGCUGGACGCUCUCCACGGCACUGAUGCGACAAGCAGAGAACGAGGAGGACCGGAGGCGCCAACAUUCUACGGUUUGACGGGACUAGGGACCGGUGGAAGUGAACAGCAGGUCACCUACAGCAGACUCAUCUGCACCCCUGUCCCCGCCGGUGAGUGCAACCCGAAAAACUUUCAGCAACAAGCGGACGACCAGUCGUUAUACGCGGGAGAGGACUGGGGGUACCUCCGCACCACCGCCGAGGAGCUCCGACAGACCGUCCUACAGCAGAAAGAUGAGAUCCUCACCGAUCAGAGAACCAUACGGGAGCUAACGGGAAAGCUUUCGGAAUGCGAGAGUGGCUUGAAGGGACGGAAGGUCCCGGAACGGAGCGCUGGACUUGGGGAUGCGCGAAAAGACAAUAAGGAGCAACUCAUGAUGCGGGACGAUGCGGGAUCCUCAGUGCGGACGGCUCAUGCGGUGGAGGAGCUGGGGCAUGCCAUAACUCAAAUGAAAGACCGCAUUGAGAAACUGGAGUCUGAAAUGGCAGCGCCAGCGUUCAAUCAUACAGACUCAAGCUCACAGAAAGCAGCAGGUGCUGCCUCUAGCGCUGCCCGUACACCAGUGUCAGCUGCACAGAGACGAGUGGAGGACCUGGAAGGAGAACUGAAGAGAAAGAUAAAACUGCUGGAGGAAGAGAGGAAAGCUCUGCGCAAAGAGACACAGAAACAUCAGGAGAAUAUUGAUUAUGGACUGGACACUGUAAACCAGCGGAUAAGCACUUUGGAGAAAGGUGUCUCUGAGAACAAGUUUCCAGAGGGUUACAGGCUUUCAUUCCCUGUACGGAGCACUUCCAUGUAUGCUAUCAUAAAGCAGGAAAUCCCUGUCCUCCACACUUUGACUGUCUGCAUGUGGCUCAAACCUGGAAAAAGCAUCUUGGGAACAACAGUUUCUUAUGCUGUUUCUGACCAGAGCCAUGAGUUUGUGCUUCAGCAGUUGGUUCAUGGGCCCAUUGAGCUCAUCAUUAAUAAUGAGGUGGCGCUGAUACCUCUCAAUUUAACAGUGGGCAGAUGGCAGCAUAUGUGUGUGAGCUGGAACCGGAGAGCUGGAGCGUGGCAUGCCUAUCUAGGGGGCAAGCUAAAGAGUGAAGGAAGUGGCCUGGCAACCCGUCACAGCAUCCGACGGGGAGGAACCCUCAUGCUUGGCCAAGAACAGAGCUCAAUGGGCGGUCUUCGUUUCGAGGUGUCGCGGGCUAUGGUGGGAGAGUUGUCUCAGUUUAAUGUGUGGGACCGGCCACUUUCACACGUAGAGCUCUCUGCUCUUGCCCACUGCAGCACAGGGAUGCUGGGUAACGUAGUCCCGUGGACCAGCCGUGAGGUAGAGGUUUUCGGAGGCGUCACCAAGCAACCGGCCGAACAUUGCCAGCAUCGCACCAGUGCCAUACAGUGAUGGACGCCUGAGGGGUUGUUUAAAGGGUCAGAGAUGGUUUCAGAAAUGGAAAAGAUUCAUCAGAAACCCAAGCCACCAUCAGAUAUGUAUGUUGAUUUCAAGGCAAAGUUUUUUAUUAGUGGUGUUUGCUGAAACAAGCCUCACUAUUAUUACAGCU